AUGGAUAUGAGUAGCAGUACAAGCAAUUCUACAUGCCAAGUUUCCAUGUUAUGGAAUUGGUACACCAUCGACGCAUGCUUCCUCGCAGAGGGAUGGCAUAUCACCACCAGGGGCAUGUUCGCCGCAACCUGCAUCGGUGUCAUUUUACUCGGCGUGCUACUAGAAUUCUUAAGACGCAUCGGCAAGGAGUACGACGCAUUAAUUUUGCGACAAUUUCAACGGCACAUUGCUGCACAAACUGCACUGGCAUCUUCCAAGAAGGAACCCCUGGAGCCAGUCUCGUGCUGUGCACCGCCACCGGAAGAUGAAAUUGAGCUCGCGAAGCCAGGGCCCAGGACGGUCACGUUUCGUGCGACACCGCUUCAGCAACUCAUACGGUCUGUGAUUCACGCAGUCACUUUCGGCGUCGCAUACAUCAUCAUGUUGCUUGCCAUGUAUUUCAACGGAUAUAUCAUCAUCUGCAUCAUUAUUGGUGCAGGUAUCGGCAAAUUUGUCUGCGACUGGAUGGUCCACAAGGUGGUGAUCGGACUUGACGAAGCAACGAGUUCACCAUCUGGUAUUGACGAAACCACGGUGUGCUGCGGUUGA